GUUCGAUAUUGAACACGGACCCACUUAUUAAUCUCGCGUCCAAUAAUAUGUAAUGCUCGCAAUAUGUCCAUUUGGGUCCCCCACCCAACGUUGACCCCACCCUUUAGAACGAUGAUGAUUGCUCAAGGUCAAGCCACCUCCGCCGGUCAAGAAGCGCCGGCCGAAGUCGCGCCGGCCGAAGUCUCGCGGACGACUCGCUUCAACUUCGUGGCUCGCCUGACCGCUCUGCCGGCGGUGAUCGCCCUCCGCGACGUGGCAACACAGUCAUAUGGUCGCGCAAAGAACAGCAGCGCCUUCGUUGCCGUUCCCUUGCAGCUGGUUGAGCUCGGUGUCCAGCUCGUCGGGGAAAGAAGUCUGCCUGUCCUGGACAGGUUCGGUCCCCAGCUGAGCUACGUCGACGGUCUUGCCUGCCGAGGACUAGCAGCCUACACGGAUCUUGCCCAGAAGCAACCCUGGGAAGUCAUGAUCGACACAAUGGCUUUCGGCCUUUCCAAGCUCGUUAGUGUCAAGGACUACGGAAUGUCCAAGGCCCAAGUCGUGAAGACAGUUGCAGCAGGUGCCCUUCAUGUCACCAUCCACCCCGUGCAGUCUCUCUCAUUGUGCAAACGUCGAGCCUUCAACUGCAGCUUGAAAGCGCUUGAGGCCUUUGAUGCUGCCCUGGACGAGCACAUGGCUUCCCGAGCAAUCGACCUGCCCGAACGCUCAUCUUCGAGUACGCCAAACUUUGCCACACUUUUCACUCUCUUGGACGCUGUUGUCUUCAAGACAGUUGCUUGUGCCAAAGCCCAACUCGCUGCUUGGAUUACUGGCCUGCGUCAGCGGAUUGGCCGAGUUCGGUUCUUCUUUACUGUCCCUAUGGACCCUCCACAAGGCCCAGUACGUGCGACAGUGUCCAAUUCUUACAUGGUUUGGCGUUCUGAGUCGUCUGCUUUCGCCACGGACCCUUGCCAAGCUCCUGGUCUAAUCGUAUGCCGUCAUCAUGACCACUGGGAUGCAUCUCCCUUCGCUCCUCGUUCGCGGCCUCGGCGCACGUCCCGCAAGAGCCGAAGCCGUACCCGCCUUGCUAGACUGGUUCCUGUUGCCCGGAACGAGGGCCCGAACGAGACAGCUGAACAACCGACUGAAAGGUCUUCUAACAAGCCAUCUGACGAGUCCGCUGAACAACCGACUGGGGGCUCGUCGGACAGGCUAGCUGAACACGAGUCUUCCGCUGAUGCGACCACAGCAGAAGACGCCGUGGCGGCUUAA